GCUGGAUGGGGAGGUCGGAGGGGCCGUGGGCCGUGGGUAAUGAGCUCGCGCCCCGGGGGUGUUGAGUGUCAGGGCCGUGGGGCGGGGAGGGGACUACGGAGUUUACGAGCGAAUGGUUCAUUAAUUGAUUCCUUUAGCAACUGUUUACUUGGUGGUGGUUUAGUCGCUAAGUCCUGUCCGACUCUUGUGACCCCAUGGACUGUAGCUCGCCUCUGUCUAUGGGAGUUUUCAGGCAAGAAUACUGGAGUGGAUUGCCAUUUCCUUAUCCAGGGGAAUCUUCCCAACCCAGGAGUCGAAUCCGGGUCUUUUGCAUUGCAGGCAGAUUAUUUACCGACUGAGCUAUGAGGGAAGCCCAACUGUUUACUUAGUGCGUAGUGAAUACCAGACAGCAUUGUUGCACGUUAGUCAUCACAAUAGCCCCAUGAGUAGGCACGAUGAUUCUCUUCAUUUUACAGAGAGAAAGCAAGAACAGAAAGGCUCGGGCACGUGACCAAAGUCACACAGUAAACUACGGGGAUCCUUGUUAUUUUUUUCAGCAUACUAUUUAUGUGUUUCUAACUAACAUACCUUGAAUUUAUCACCUUUAUUGCUUACUGUCUCUCCCCUGCUAAGAAUAUGGCUCCUCAAGAUGGGGGAACUCUGUUCAUCUAGAACAGGCAUAGUAGGCACUCACCUCUGUUAUUAACCAAAGAAAAGCAGCAGAGCAGGUGGUCAGCUUCAUUCCAGAGCCCAGACUCUUAGGAAGUAAGGCAGUCCCUAGCUCUUUAUCUAAUGGUGGUGGUAACUGAGCUUACUAAUGUCAAUUUUUAAAACUAGAGGGAGGCACUGUGCCUUCUAGUGUCAAGGGAAACAUUUGGAUUUUCCUCAACUUUGCUCCAUCAUAGACGUUGCUAACUGCAUCUCCUGUGUGGUCAUUCCCUUUCCAGGGUCAGGGUUCAUAACAGCCAACAGCUCACCAGCUUCAGAUGCCAGCUGAUCUACCAUGGGCUUCCUUAGUUAGUCUACAGAAGACCCAGUCUGAGACCUCAAAAGGAGAUCUCCAUCCUUGGUCUGAGCAGGACUGAUGGUCAUGUCCCAGGUAUUUAUGGAGAGUACACCUGGAAGAAUUUUUGAACCAAAGGAAACAUUGACCUUCAGGGACGUGUUUGUGGACUUCACCAAGGAGGAGUGGCAGCAGCUGGACGCUGCUCAGAAGAACCUCCACAGGGAUGUCAUGCUGGAGAACUACAGCCACCUGGUCUCCGUUGGAUACCUUGUGGCCCAGCCACAUGGGAUCUUCAGGUUGGGACAAGGAGAAGAGGAAGCCAGGAUAGCAGCUGGAGAAAGCGUGAUGUGGAGCUGUCCAGAAUUCUGGAAAGUUAAUGACCAGACAGAUAACCACAAGGAAAGCCAAGACAAACUUCUAUGGCAAGCUGCAUCCAUAAAUAAGGAAACACUGAAGAAUAAAAGUGGCCAAGAAUUCAGAACAUAUGGAGAAAUCAUUUAUCCAAGCACAGGCUUUGUUUCUAUAGGACAAAGACUCACUAAAUAUUAUUCAUGGGGAAAGUGUUCAAAACAUAAUUUUAAUUUUCUUAGUCAAAGUAGAAGCUGUGUAAGAAAGAAAGGUGAUGAAUGUAAGGCAUAUUGGAAAUUAUGCUUCCAUUCUAAUCUUGAUAAAGCUCAAUCUGGAGAGAAAUUCUUUGAGCCUAAUGAACAUGGAAAAGCCCUCCACUGUAAGCAAGCUCUUAAUAAAAGUCCAAGAAUUCAAAAUGGGGAGAAACUCUAUCAAUGUUCUGAAUGUGGAAAAGUGUUUAUCCAGAAAGCAAACCUUGUUGUACAUCAGAGAACUCACACUGGAGAGAAACCUUAUGAAUGCUGUGACUGUGCAAAAACUUUCAGCCAGAAGUCAACCCUAAUUGCACACCAGAGAACUCAUACAGGGGAAAAGCCAUAUGAAUGCAGUGAAUGUGGGAAAACAUUUAUCCAGAAGUCAACUCUGACGAAACAUCAGCGAACUCAUACAGGAGAGAAACCAUUUGUAUGUGGUGAAUGUGCAAAAACUUUUAAGAGUUCAUAUCACCUUAUUAGACAUGAAAAAACACACAUUAGACAAGCAUUUUAUGAAGCUAUCAAAUGUGAUAAGUCCAGCCUUAUAUAUCAAAGGACUCAUAUGGGUGAGAAACCUGAGUGCAAUAAACAUGGGAAAGGCUUUGAUGAGACACCCACACCCAUUAAACAUCAGCUAACUCAUACAAAAGAGACACUUUAUGAGUGUAGUAAAUGUGGAAAAGGCUUCAGGGGAAAGUCACAUCUUUCUGUUCAUCAGAGAGUUCAUACACGAGAAAAAUCCUAUGAAUGUAGCAUAUGUGGGAAGACUUUCAGUGGAAAAUCACAUCUCUCUGUCCAUCAUAGAACUCACACAGGAGAGAAACCUUAUGAAUGCAGAAGGUGUGGGAAAGCAUUUGGUGAGAAGUCAACCCUUAUUGUACAUCAGAGAACUCAUACAGGAGAAAAACCCUAUAAAUGCAAUGAAUGUGGGAAAGCUUUCAGUGAAAAGUCACCACUGAUUAAACAUCAGAGAAUUCAUACAGGAGAGAGACCCUAUGAGUGCAGUGAAUGUAGGAAAGCAUUCAGUAGGAAGUCAACUCUCAUUAAACAUCAGAGAAUUCAUACAGGAGAAAAACCUUAUGAAUGCAGUGAAUGUGGGAAAGCUUUCAGUGUGAAAUCAACUCUCAUUGUACAUCACAGAACGCAUACAGGAGAGAAACCUUAUGAAUGCAGAGAAUGUGAUAAAGCCUUCAGUGGGAAGUCAACUCUCAUUAAACAUCAGAAAAGUCACACAGGAGAUAAAACCUAUUAAUAUACUUACUAAUAACCUAUAAUAUGAUAUAAUAACAUAUUAUAACCUAUUAAUAUAUUAAUAUAGAGAUAAUUUCACUAGUUAUACCUCAUUAUAUAUCAGUUCAUCCUGGAGAGUAACCUUAUAAAUAUCAAGAAUGUAAAAAACUUCAUAUACUAUUUAAUGUUCAUUUAACUUAAGAAAGCACAAAAGCACAAUUCCAGAAGCAUCUGAUAAAUGUGACCAAUUUUUCAUCCAGAAUUCUUACACGAGUGGAGAAUUAUAUAUCAGAGAAUUCAGAAGUGACAAAACUGUCAAUAUAUUGAUAUAGAAAAAAUUUACAAAGAAUUUAAAUGUCAUUGACUAUCAGAGUAUGCUGAAAAGAAACUAAGAAUUUAAAGUCUAGAAAACUGUUAGAAGUUAUGAGAGAAAUAUGUUCCAUAUUCUAUACCACACAUUUUGUGGGAAAGGUCUAGAGGUUCCAAACAAGCACUCAGUAAUUAAGACAUGUUCACUGUGGAGUAAGUAUGACAUUUUUGAAAGAAAAAUAUAAAGUAUAAAAUUACUAAUCCUAGCUAUGGCAAACUACGUUCACUUCUUAAACAAAUAGGAAAAUUCCUCCCUUAAGUGGUAUAAAGGGGGAUGAGUCAUUAUGAUCCCUGAAACAAGCACUCAAACAGGAGAUCUUACACAUGUUCAUCAACACUUUCAGUGUAAAAUACAAACCCCUUUCAGAAAAGGCAUAUAGUAAGCUUUAACACACCUCACUUAGGAACAUAGCUUACAACUUAAUAUUUAAGGGUGACCAUUUUAUGGUUACAUUUUAUGCCUCAUUUUAUUAGUCAAUAAAAAUUUUUAAUUUUCAGAUUAUCUCCCUUAACACAAUAUUAUUUAAAAUAGGAAAAAAAUUGAUUAUCCAAUAGUCAAUUGAUUCAAAAUUGACAUAUCAAUAAGAUAGAAUAGUAUGCACUAAUUAAAAGUGUUCUUACUGCUGCUGCUAAGUCACUUCAGUCGUGUCUGACUCUGUGAGACCCCAUAGAUGGCAGCCAACCACGCUCCUCCCUGGGAUUCUCCAGGCAGAAAUACUGGAGUGGGUUGCCAUUUCCUUCUUCAAAAGUGUUCUUAUGUUUGAGAAUUUAAGGAAAUGUUCAUGAUAAUUGGCUAAGUGAAAAAAAAUUUUAAAUGUACCAUAUGAUUUACAUUGUAAAAAUGCAUUGAGAAUGGAUAUGCAGCAUUAUAUGAGUGAUUCUGGGUGGCAGAAAAAUAGUUUUAUACUGAGUAAAAUUAUAUGCACAUAUAUGUAUACAAAUAUAUUUGUUUUAUAUUUGUAUGUGUUUUAGAUUGUAUAGGUGGACACAGAACAAAAUGCUUAGAAGGAAAUAUACCAAAUUAUUAAGCAGAGUAUCCAGAUUAUUACUUGGGUGUUAGGACUGUUGAUUUUUUAAUUUUUAAAUGUAGUCUCCAGAAACUACCAGUAAAAUAAAUUGUUUAAAGUAA